AUGUCACAUGUCAUUCCGUACAGUGGGGACACUAAUGAUAGACUUCCGUACAGUGGGGACACUAAUGACAGACUUCCGUACAGUGGGGACACUAAUGAUAGACUUCCGUACAGUGGGGACACUAAUGAUAGACUUCCGUACAGUGGGAACACUAAUGAUAGACUUCCGUACAGUGGGGACACUAAUGACAGACUUCCGUACAGUGGGGACACUAAUGAUAGACUUCCGUACAGUGGGGACACUAAUGAUAGACUUCCGUACAGUGGGAACACUAAUGAUAGACUUCCGUACAGUGGGGACACUAAUGAUAGACUUCCGUACAGUGGGGACACUAAUGAUAGACUUCCGUACAGUGGGGACACUAAUGAUAGACUUCCGUACAGUGGGGACACUAAUGACAGACUUCCGUACAGUGGGGACACUAAUGAUAGACUUCCGUACAGUGGGGACACUAAUGAUAGACUUCCGUACAGUGGGAACACUAAUGAUAGACUUCCGUACAGUGGGGACACUAAUGAUAGACUUCCGUACAGUGGGGACACUAAUGAUAGACUUCCGUACAGUGGGGACACUAAUGAUAGACUUCCGUACAGUGGGGACACUAAUGAUAGACUUCCGUACAGUGGGGACACUAAUGAUAGACUUCCGUACAGUGGGGACACUAAUGAUAGACUUCCGUACAGUGGGGACACUAAUGAUAGACUUCCGUACAGUGGGGACACUAAUGAUAGACUUCCGUACAGUGGGAACACUAAUGAUAGACUUCCGUACAGUGGGGACACUAAUGAUAGACUUCCGUACAGUGGGGACACUAAUGAUAGACUUCCGUACAGUGGGAACACUAAUGAUAGACUUCCGUACAGUGGGGACACUAAUGAUAGACUUCCGUACAGUGGGGACACUAAUGAUAGACUUCCGUACAGUGGGGACACUAAUGAUAGGAUUCCGUACAGUGGGGACACUAAUGAUAGACUUCCGUACAGUGGGGACACUAAUGAUAGGAUUCCGUACAGUGGGGACACUAAUGAUAGGCUAACGUACAGUGGGGACACUAAUAAUAGACUUCCGUACAGUGGGGACACUAAUGAUAGACUUCCGUACAGUGGGGACACUAAUGAUAGGAUCCGUACAGUGGGGACACUAAUGAUAGACUUCCGUACAGUGGGGACACUAAUGAUAGACUUCCGUACAGUGGGGACACUAAUGAUAGGCUUCCGUACAGUGGGGACACUAAUGAUAGACUUCCGUACAGUGGGGACACUAAUGAUAGACUUCCGUACAGUGGGGACACUAAUGAUAGACUUCCGUACAGUGGGGACACUAAUGAUAGACUUCCGUACAGUGGGGACACUAAUGAUAGGCUUCCGUACAGUGGGGACACUAAUGAUAGGAUUCCGUACAGUGGGGACACUAAUGAUAGGCUUACGUACAGUGGGGACACUAAUGAUAGACUUCCGUACAGUGGGGACACUAAUGAUAGACUUCCGUACAGUGGGGACACUAAUGAUAGGCUUUCGUACAGUUGGGACACUAAUGAUAGGCUUCCGUACAGUGGGAACACUAAUGAUAGACUUCCGUACAGUGGGGACACUAAUGAUAGGCUUCCGUACAGUGGGGACACUGAUGAUAGGCUUCCGUACAAACUCUAACGAAUCCUUGGCCAAAGACAGCUGUGGACGAGUUAGGGAUCUAUGUACUACAGCUGUGGACGAGUUAGGGAUCUAUGUACUACAGCUGUGGACGAAUUUGGGAUCUAUAUACCUCAGUGUGGACGAGUUUGGGAUCAAAGGCGACGAAUCUGUAGAGCGAUACGUUUGGACAGAAUAG